ACGAUAUUUAUUAUUUAAAUAUUUAAAUUUUAAUUAAUUUUAAUAUAGUCCCGAAGUCUUAAGGUUCGCUUCGCUGAACUAAUGAUUUUACUAUUGUUUAAAGUUAAAGUUAUUAAACAAUAUUUAAUUUUAAUUUAUAACAUAGUCCUGAACAAAGAUUUACGAUUUGCUACAAGCCCUGCAGCCGUUAGGAGUAUUAUAUAUAGUGUUUUGUGCCCUGCAGUCCUGAAGCUUUCAUGCAAGGAAUACUGUCUCAAACUUUAGUUUAGGGCUUUACUAUCUAUAAAUCAGCUUACGUGCAUUCUCUCAGCAUAGAAAACGUUCAUAAUUAUGGAGUUUAGCAACACAAUCAGUGAUUUAGGAACGAGAGUAGAAACAAGUCAGCCUGUAUCGACAGCACAUUUCUGCGUGGUAUGCUUGGUCACAGAUUGUAAAUUGUACCCUCUGAGCAAAUACGGUCUGGCAGAGGCGUACCACAAGUUGACUGAUAAAUCUUUCUGCGUGGUAUGCUUGGUCACAGAUUGUAAAUUGUACCCUCUGAGCAAAUAUGGUCUGGCAGAUGCGUACCACAACUUGACUGAUAAAUCUUUACUUUGCAACAUGAACUGUGCCCCAAAAUGUUGUACAGAAUGUGCACAGAGGUUAAUAAACUGUGACAGAUUCAGAGACAAGAGUUUAAGGAGUUACAAUCUACUGUUGGAUCUAUUUGAAAAGAAAGCAGUGAUAACAACAGAAGACAUAAAAGCAACUGACCGAACAAAACAUCAACUAACAUCAAAUAUAGACAGGAAAAUAUACAAACCAGACCACUGUGACUCAUAUUUAAUACAUAAUCAAUUUGAACAAAUAAAAAUUGAAUUAGAACUUGAUAGUAAAUCAAAAAUAAAAACCUUAAACGAUUUUAAUAGCGAUGAAGAGUUCCUAGUAGAUGAUGUAGACAAUGGUUCAGAGUUUCUCGAUGAUAACAUAAAAACAGAACAUACAGACAACAUUGACAGAUUUACAAUCUUUCAAAAUGAGAAAUCUGACAAUAUCACAGUCAAUAAAAAUGAUGUGGCAAUUGACAAUGUUAUCAAAAAUAGUAGCUUAAUCGAUAGUAAAGUUGAUAACAAGAAAUGCAGUGUCAAUAAACUGGUAAUUGUCCAUUCUAACGACAUAAAAGCAGUUAUAGACAACAAAACUAAUACGAAAACACGCAAAGUGGCAAUUAAAAAGGAAAAAGCUGCUCCGAAACCGAAAAAGUUGAGGACACAUAAUGAAAAAACACCCGAAAAACCAGGAAAAGCUGACAAUCAGUGUUACUUAAAAUAUUUUGAAGUUACCAAGUUGAGUCAUGAAGAACAAGUGGCCAUGAUACAAAGACGUAAAGAGGCAGAUAACUUCAAAAGCUCAGUCUACAAAUGUAUGAUGUGCUACAAAGUAUUUACAUGUGUCUCUUCGUAUGACAGACAUAUGGAGAAGCACACUGAUAAAUACGGUCCUAUCGCAUGCGAGGUAUGCGGCAUACACUGCAACACAAAGACUCAAAUGCGGCAACACAAGAGCAAGGUCCACGACAUGAGAUUCAACUGCAGAGACUGUGACUUCGUCACCACGGCUGUACAGACGGCGAGGACACACGCGCGUUGGCAUGACGGUGUCACGUAUAAAUGUAAACAUUGUGAACAGACGUACAGCAAAAGAACAUCGUACCUGACUCACUUGCGUACUGCGCACGUAUCGGAUUCGGUUUGCACGCUCUGCGGGUUCACCUUCAUCAACGAAUACGGCCUGAGGAUGCACCUCCUUAGAAAGCAUCGCUCCGAGGAUGUGCAGAACGACUCGGGCCCGCAGUGCAAGUUUUGCAAGUUGCGUUUUGCGUCUCACGCCGCGUACCAACAACAUCUAGAAGUGUCUCACAAUAUACACGGACCGGCGCUGACACGGAAUAGUCGACAAACAAUGUAUAAUACCAACAGGCAGGAUGUCCAGACGGUGGAAUGCGAACUGUGCGGCACCAAGCUGAAAGGGUUCAAGCUAUAUGCUUGCCAUUUCACCCGGCUCCACCCGGACAAGCAGCCCAGCCAACAACCGACCAAAACCCAGCCCAGCACACCCAAGCUCUUCCUGUGCCACCAGUGUGGGAAGUCCUUUCAGAACACGACUCAGUUGAGGGAUCAUAUACGGAGUCAUAAUGGCGAGAGGCGCUACCAAUGCGACACGUGUGACAAGCGAUUCGUUGGCAAGAUCAACCUGGUGAAGCACAUGCAGCUGCACAGUAACACACGUCACCAGUGCAAUAUGUGUGGGAAGACAUUCUCUGACAAAUCCAACGCUAAACGACAUAUAUUGACCCACUCGGCUGACACGAGACCAUACCACAAGUGUGAUGUGUGUGACAAAAGCUUCACGACUGCCCAAGGGAGGAACGAGCAUGUAUUGCAUGUUCAUAGCAACGUGCCGCGACCGAAGAGAGUCCGCGCCCCGAGACCGGCUCCUUAGGACCAUGACAUAUGUCAGACACGAGCGGAGAAGAGUCGUGGGAUUCAAGAGCUUUAGACUCAAGUCCCUUAAUGAUUCCCAGACACAUGUCAGAGACGGCUUGAACACAAGCGACUCGCAAGAUCGUCGUAUGAUCUCUUACUGUAUCAGUAAUAUUAAGACACUAAAGAAUUGACUAUUUUAUAAAUUAGUCCUCAUUAUAGUCGAGCAUGUAUUACUUGUUCAGAGCAACGAGCCGCUACCAAAGAGGGUACGCGCUCGGAGACCUUCUUAGGACCAUGACAUAUCUCAGACACGACAUGGACACGAGUGAUUCAAGCUUUAGGCACAAGUCCCUUAAUGAUUCCCAGACACAUGUCAGAGACGGCCUAGACACAAGUGACUCACAAGAGUCUGAAUCUGAAUAUUACUAAAACAGUAAGAGAUCUUACGAGAUCUCUUACUGUUUUAGUAAUAUUCAGAUACUAAAUCACAUAUUUAAUUAACGAAUCCAUAAAUUAGUUGUCUAAAGUCCAAACACAUCUUAGAGAAGGUCUAGUUAUAUGAGGUCGCUCCUGGAUCAAGGAUCGAGCAGGUUCAUAGCAGCGUGCCGCGACCGAAGAUUGUCCGCGCUCCGAGAUCUGCUCCAUAGGACCAUGCCAUAUGUCAGACACGACCUGGACACGAGCGAAGAAGAGUCGUAGGAUUCAAACACGACAUUGCCACAUAUUGCUUUAGGCACAAGUCCCUUAAUGACUCCCAGACCAUAUCAGAGACGACCUGGACAAAAGCAACUCGCAAUGAUCGUCGUAAUAUCUCUUACUGUUUCAGUAGACCCUAAAGGAUCAGUUACUCAGUAAUAUUUAGACACUAAAGAAUAAUUUAUUUAAUUGACUAUUCUAUAAAUUAGUCCUCAUAAUAGUCGAGCAUGUAUUACUUGUUCAGAGCAACGUGCCGCUACCAAAGAGGGUACGCGCUCGGAGACCUUCUUAGGACCAUGACAUAUGUCAGACACGACAUGGACACGAGCGAAGAAGACUCGUAGGUGUCAAGCUUUAGGCACAAGUCCCUUAAUGAAUCCCAGACACAUGUCAGAGAUGGUCUGGGCACAAGUGACUCACAAAAGUCGUAAGAUCUCUUACUGUAUUAGUAAUAUUCAGAUACUAAAUCACAUAUUUAAUUAACGAAUCCAUAAAUUAGUUGUCUAAGGUCUAGACACAUCUUAGAGAAGGUCUAGUUGCAUGGGAUCGCUCCUAGAUCGAGGAACGAGUAUGUAUUGCAUGUUUAUAGCAGCGUGCCGCGAUCGAAGAGAGUAUGUGCUCCGAGACCUGCUCCUUAGGAUCAUGCCAUAUGUCAGACACGACAUGGACACGAACGAAAAAGAGUCAUAGGAUUCAAGCUUUAGGCACAAGUCCCUUAAUGACUCCCAGACACAUGUCAGAGACGGCCUGGACACAAGCGACUCGCAAGAUCGUUGUAAGAUCUCUUACUGUUUCUGUAAUAUUUGGACACAAAAGGAUCAGUUAUUUAAUUAAUAAGUCCAUAAAUUAGUCCUCAUAAUAGUCGAGCAUGGAUUACUUGUUCAGAGUAACGUGCCGCUACCAAAGAGGGUACGCGCUCGGAGACCUUAGGACCAUGACACAUGUCAGACACGGCCUAGACACAAGCGUCUCACAAGAGUCGCAAGAUCUCUUACUGAAUUAGUAAUAUUCAGUCACUAUUUCAAUGUAUGCAACUAAAACAAAAAUUAUAUUCCGAAGACACGCAAUAUACUCGUAGAAAUAACGGAAAACAUUGGACAUGUAAAUGUGUUUGUCUUGGACAACUAAUAUCUACAAACGCUAUUAUAAAAACAGGCAACGAUCUUAUAUUGUCUAACACGUCGAAAUAAUGAAAAAUGUAGAUAUGCCAAUAAAGGAAAAAAGGAUAUACAACACAUUAUGCAUUAUGCCAUGUUUAAUGUAUGUUGCCAAACAUGGGCAUAAACAAAUAAACUAAUAAAUAAAUUAAAUGUAUGCCAAGAUGUGUAGCUGGAAUCAAGAGAAGAGAUAAGCUUGAUAAAAAUUACUUAGACCACUUUUAAGGAAUUGGAAAAAGUAUUUAAAAUACUAUAAAGGCACACAUGUUAUUUGAAAAGGACGAGGAAUGGACAUUAGGAAGAUGAUUUCAAAAAGAUCGCUAGUCCUGAGAUGUAUGGUCGAUGUAUAAGACUGGCGAUGGGCAGAGAAAAAAUAUUAUUUAAAAAUUAUGUUUAAAUAAAUGUAAAUGUAACCGAUCAUCAGUAAUAAAGGCUUAUUUUAUUUAUUUA